AUGAUAACAGCACAGACGAAUUUAUGCCAGGAACAAGAUCCUGAAGGCCCGCAAAAAAAUAUGAAGUCCUGGGAACCUCUUACAGUUGAUGAAUUACGAAUUUUUCUUAGAACAACAAUCAAUAUAGGACACGUUCAAAAAGGUGCAAUUCAAAAUUAUUGGAUCACAGAUCCUCUGUUGGAAACUCCAAUUUUUAGAAAGAUCAUGCGUCGAAAUAGAUAUCUCCAAAUCUUNCGAUUUUUGCAUUUUUCAAACAACAAAGAAAUAGUGAAUCAUCCUUCGAAAAAGUUGAAACCUGUAAUUGAUCUAAGAGAAAAAUUUUCAAAUUCUAUAUUACCAGGACAGAAUCUUUGUUCAGAUACCGAUUACAAAAAGUUUGGGUUGGGUAUUACUGGUGACAUUGUAGCUCAUUUCCUAAAAAAUUUUUUCAACAAAGGUCGCGUCAUUUACGUGAAUAAUUUGUAUUUAUCUCCAGAAUUGGCCGAAUUUCUAUAUGACCGUGACACAGAAAUCUGUGGAACUGUGAAAAAGAAUAGGAAAUUCAUGCCAAGGUUAGAGAAUAAACUAAAUAAAG